AUGCUUGAGAAACGGCGCAUCAAGUGCGGGGAGGAAAAGCCUCGGUGCAACAACUGCGUCAAGGCCAAGCGAGAGUGCGAAGGAUACACGCAGAGAGUCGUGUUCAAGAACACGCUCGGCGUGGGUUAUGAUCCGGCCGUGCCUGCCAACCUGCAAGUCCCCGUGACGCUCCUGCCGCGACAGCAACAGCAACAGCAGCAACAGCAGCAACAUCACCAACACCACCAACAACAUCAACGUCAACCCGGACAGCCGCUUGCUGGCCAAGUGCUGAACCCCCAGCAGCGCCUGCUUGCACCGCGUCUGCCGAAUGUUCCGCCACCUCAGUUUGCUCAACCACCCUCGCAGUAUGCUUCUAUCCCGAGUCGAAGCCACUCAUGGCAACUAGAGCAGCCCUCUGUUCCUCUCACUGUGGACAGAUAUGCUGUCCAGGCCCAAACAAGUCCGCCUGUUGCCCAAUCUGCCUACUUAUCUCUGUCUCUUGGGAGUAGUCAUCCCUUUGAGGGUGGCUUUCAGCCUGGCCAUGAUCCAGCGAACCCAUCUGGUGAGAGGGCCAGGCUGGGGGUUAUCAACCAUGCACUACCGCCUCGCCAAACUCUGGAGCCUCCUUCGGCAUUUGCCAACCAGCAUGAUCAGUGUCUUGCGGGAACCCUUGACAGUUACACUGACAACACUUUUCAACAAGCUCAGGCUUAUCACUCAUGGAAUUCCGAAGAUCAAGAAGCAGCUUUCCCUGUGCUAUAUUCACCUGACGCUGUUGAGGACGACUACUACGAUGUUGAUUCAGAUGAGGAGCUAGUAUACGUGACUGGCGAAGAGGGCUUCAACCAGUUGAAUCUCAUCAUGGCCUCAGCACACCAAGAUGCGAUUCGGUCGUAUAAUACAUAUCUCAAUGAACCGAACAUCCUCGCAUCGUAUCAGCCCUCUAUGGGGUCAUCGCCACUGAACAACCCCAAAACGGCGCGAAUCUGGGUGCACUUUAUUCACGCCACUGGCCCUUCUUUGUCAAUUUGGGAACGACAUAAUACGAAUGCAACGACACUACUCAGUGGUCCUGUGCCGCCGUCGCAGCAAGGACUAUGGACCUAUGUGAUGCCUCUGAAAGCCCUCCAGCAUCCCGCCUUGCUUCAGACAAUACUAGCCAUGAGCAGUUUCCAUAUUGCCAAGCUGCAAGAGAAUAAUUUCAUUAUCACAUUCAAGCAUUACCAGUAUGCCUUGAGAAAGAUUUCUAAGGCCGUCGGCUUACCGUCACGUCGCAAGCAAGUGGCCACGCUCGCCGCAACCCUUCUUCUUGCCUUUUACGAAGUUACUGCAGGGGAGCAUUCGAAAUGGGACAGCCAUAUUGCCGGUGCUGCGCAACUUCUGAAAGAGAUUGAUUUUGUGGGAAUUACCAGAGAUCUUAGGGCUUAUCGACGAAGCAUACUGUCCCAAAAACAGCACUUGUGGGGUCAAUACGAUGCCUUUGUCCGCCAUGGAUACGCUGAGGAUGACCCAUUUGCAGACAAGGAGUUAGGAGUAGAUCCGAAUGCCGUCUCGACAAUCAGCGGGAAACUUGUUGAUUUUGACCGAAUAGGGCACGUGGAUAGCUAUCCGAGGUAUAGAAGGAAACACUUCUCACGCAAGGAUAUCGACAACUUCAGACUUCGGUGUGACUUAUAUUGGUGGUACUGCAAGCAGGAUCUUUUCCAGAGCUUGAUAAGUGGCAACAGACUGCAUACCCCCUACGAACGGUGGGAUCAGUGUCCUCCUCGUGCUGGUCUUGGAAAGAUAGAUGCACUAUAUGGUAGCUUUGACCACCUCGUACUCCUCAUGGCUCGCAUGAUGGAUUUCGGCUAUCGAGACCGAAAGCGUAAAAUUAGAAGCCUCGAAGCUUCUGGGGGAGAAUGGCGUCCUCAUCCUGGGUUCUUUAGGUUUCUAGGUCGUUUUGGGCCUCCAACACCACCAGGAGGACCUCGGGGCCUGUCUGAUAGCAGUAACAAGCGACCACCGCCGGCUGGAGGCUCUGGAGAAACCCCUAUGUAUGGCAUGAUGCCAACAGCAGGUCCCAGUGCGGCACCUGUUGCUUUUACGUCAAUGGGUGAAUCUCCGCCAUACGCAGGUUUCACGGAUAAAGAUGAAAAUUCAACAAUCAACGAAGCGGAGGCCGAAUGGGAGAGUAUUCUAGCUGCCUACGAAUAUUACGAGAAGCAUCUAGGAGAAGCGUUUGCACCUUUACCAGAGGACACUGUCACACCAGUCAGUUCCCCAUUUGGACCAGCAUUGCAAUACCGGUCUCAUAAGAUUGCGGUACUCUGGGCAUACUACUAUACUGGCAGGAUAAUGCUCAACCGUUUGCAUCCUAGUAUGCCACCAGCCGCGAUGAUAGCGACAGUAACAUCGGCCUCGACAUGCGAGGGUUUUGCGCAGACGAUUGGAAAGAUAGCUGCUGGGUCGUACUAUCCGCAAAUGGAUACUCAAGAGAUAGGCAGCAUCAAUCCGAAUUUGGGUGCUGCGUGGAUUGAAAUCACACUCACUCUGUACGUGGCAGCAGUUCAAUACACUGAUGCAACACAGCGAGCCUGGACUGUGGCGACUUUUCGAAAUCUCGCUCGCCUCACUGGGUGGAAAUCCGCAGAAACAAUUGCAAAUGGCUGUGAAUUUGCGUGGAUCCGCAGGGCUGAAGCAGGACGUGGUCCUUUUUAUAGACCAAGUCCAGUUUCUUCCGAAAAAGAAGGAGUCAACGCAGGCGGUGAAUGGAUCAAUCGACAAACAACGCAAGAUCCCAAUAACGAGAGACGCUUUGUAACCGUUGAAAGACCGCAUACACCAUGGGCGCAGGGGCUAUUACAGCUGGAAAGCGAUCUCACCGACCUCAAACUUGGCACUCCGUGGAUGAUGCGCGCUUGCCGCAGCGAAGAUCUUCGGCCGAUCUCAGGCCCCGACGUCCAACCGCAGACAUCCACCACGAGCAAAGCUAGACUCGCACCGCGGUCGCAUUGCCACUACCAUGUCUUGAAAAUGCCUAUGUGCAUUGAGUGCUCCUACCCCGUGUCGCAGCUCUACACGUCUUACAGCAAAGCCGACGACCGCGCGCUCGGCAAAGGUGUCCGCCUUACGCAAUGUCCGCGCUGCAAGCGAUUCGCCGACAAAUACGUCGAGCACGAUAAUGUGGUUUUGUUUAUCGACCUGGUGCUCAUAAAGCCUCAGGUCUACCGUCAUUUGCUCUUCAAUCGCUUGGGGAGGGAUGACAAGAAACUCGACCGCUCGAUCAUACGCCUCGGAGUGCUCCUGCUUCUAUUCGAUGUCUAUCUGACGUGGGCGCGCAUUGAGAAAUCCUCCACCCUCGCCUCGACCUCGCUGUCUACGUCGCCAAUCAUCGUGCAAUAUCUUUUCUUUCUCACGCUCAAUGCGCUUGCGACGCUGGCUCAUCACUUGGUGGUGCGGCUAGGAGCGUCGAUAAUACCCAAACGAUCUCAAACAACCUCACUUGCGCCUGGAGAUGGCACAAACGAGACACCGUCAACACCCACUCUUUCCAGCCCGAGUCUUGCCUCCGCCUCCAUGAACGUGACUCGCUCAUCCUCCAGCCAAGAUAUCCUGCACAGAAAUAACAGAAAUAGCAAUUAUCCUCCGUCGUACUGGCCCCCUGACACGUCACCCCCGCUUGCAGGGCAAACAACGCAACUACGGCGUGUGUCGACUUCCCCAGCACAGCUACAGCCACUGCCGCCCCCGUCUCCGCCCAGCGCCAAUGCCGUUAGCACGGCUCUAUUUGUCAGUAGCUGUCCCAAGCUGUUCCCGAUACUUCUGGUGAUAUGGGGUUCGAAGGAGGCCGCCAUUCCCGACGAAGGCAGUGCCACUGCCGACAGUCCUGCUGUUACGAAGCUACACCAGACGUUAGUGACUACAACUUCGUCGUUCUUGUCAGGCUCGACCAUGACGCGUCCCGAGGCGUCAUUGUCAUCGUCGUAUGUGUCGAUGAACAGCGAGGCUGCCAUCAGAAGCAGCGGCAUCCCAACAGCGUCAUUUUUCGGCAGUAGUUUUGCAACGCUUUUCUCGGCAUUUGAUUUGCCCUCUUUGCUUUCCUUUCUCUCAUUGGGCACGGCAUCUACACACUUGGUCCUGUUGAAUAAUACAGAGGCUCUCUAUAUCCUGCUGGACUGCGGGUAUCUGUGGGCUGUUGCUCUCGCUGUUGCGGGCCAGCUUGCUCGGUGGCUUGUGGAGAAGCUGAUACUGAGGCUUUUCGGGAUUUACUGA